AACUUGUAAGCUCCUCACCCCCUCCCAUCCUUGUUCUUUUUUGGCCCUAUAAUUACAGAGUCUUUCCAACUCUUAUUCUUUAGUGAACCAUCAAAGCUCCAGCCUCUUGUUUUGCAGCCCUGACUGGGUCCAAAAUGUAAGCUCAUGCCUCAUCAAGUAAAGAACAACUCAAUGAAAAAACUUCAUGGAGAAACAGAAAUCUGACAGAUCUCUCAACAGUUCUUCCAAGGCUUCACUGAAUGUCAAUAUAAAAGACAUGGGUAAGAUGGUCACCUAUCCCACUCCCAACAACAAGGCAAACAUAGAGGAUGUCACUAAGGAGCUGCACUGCCAACUGUGCCACGAGUGGUUCACUAAGCCUGUUAUGCUGACCUGUAGCCACAACUUCUGUAAAGCGUGCAUUGAGAAAUCAUGGAGGCAUCAUCAGAAAACAGUGUGUCCCGAGUGUCUCAUACCAUGCCAGAACAAGAACUUUAUUCCCAACACAGUGCUAGAGAGGCUGGUGUUGAGACUCAAAGAUAUGCCUCUGACCCAAGCUCAGCCUCAGUGCCCGGAACAUGGUGAGAACCUGAAGCUGUUCAACAAGCAAGAAGGGAAGCUGGCUUGCUUCCAGUGUAAGGACAUUCGACAUUCCCAAGAAUUUAUGCAGAUAAACGAAGCUGUUCAGAUCUACACGGGAAAGCUGACCACCAAACAAACUCAGGUGGAAGCAAGCCUAAAGGAAUUGCAGAGAUUAAAAGGCGUGCAAGAGGAGGCAAUCUGUGCUCAUAAGGAAAACAAGCUACUUCUGCAGCAAAACAUUUCCCUGGAGUUUUUAAAGCUGCAUCAGUUCCUGCACAACAAGGAGAAGGAACUUCUGGAUGAGCUUCUGGAGAUGGGGAAAAAACUGGAUGAAGACAUGGAAAGAAGUCUGAACCAGCUACAGGAACAAUGUGUCCUAGCUAAGGAAAUGUUGGUGGACAUCCAAGUCCAAAUGGAACAGCAUAAUCCUUUCGACUUUCUUAGCGACAUUAAAGCCUUCUUGGGUAGCUUGGAGAAAGGAAUUGAAGUAUUAACCCCCAGAGACUUCAAUUCCAGGGAUCUGAGCCUGGGCAAGUUCAAGGGCCCUAUCCAGUACAUGACAUGGAAAGAAAUGCAAGCCAUUCUCUGUCCAGGUCUCUGUUUGAUAACUCUGGACCCUGUAACAGCUCACCCAAAUUUGGUGAUAUCUGAAGACCGAACCAGUGUGUGGCAUGGUGAUGUUAAGCAGAUGAUUCCUGACAAUCCAGAGCGGUUUGACUCAAGUGUGGCAGUGCUUGGUGUAGAAGGCUACACCAAUGGAAAAUGGUACUGGGAGGUAGAAGUAGCCAGGAAAACCAAAUGGACAGUGGGAGUGGUCAGAGAAUCAAUUAAUCGGAAAGGCUGUUGUCCUCUGACUCCUAUGGAUGGUUUCUGGCUCCUCCGCCUAAGGAACAGUAUUGAGCUAAAGGCUCUAGAUGUGCCUUCCUUUGGUAUGGUGCUGCAAAGCACCCUUACCAAGGUGGGAAUAUAUUUGGAUUAUGAAGGGGGACAGGUGUCCUUUUAUAAUGCUGAAGAUAUGACUCACAUAUAUACCUUCAGCAACACCUUUACUGAAAAACUAUUCCCCUACUUCUGCCCCUGCCUGAAUGAUUCUGGAGAUAACAUAGAGCCACUGAGCAUCAUUCAUCCCUUUGGCAUAAGCUCAGAUAAGCAGUAAUGCUGCUUUGUUGAUUCAGAGCUUUAUUAAAGGUACUGAUGCAGUUUCUUGGA